UACUGGCAUUAGGAGGGGUUAUCCUGGACUGGCCCCAAAUUUUGUUUGCCAAUGGCCAAUCCUCCUAUAGGCAGCAGUACAGCUCACAGGUCAAAUAUAUCCAGUCUCCCCGGACCCUGCAUUCACUAUAUCUGGUCUCCCCGGACCCUGCAUUCACUAUAUCUGGUCUCCCCGGACCCUGCAUUCACUAUAUCCGGUCUCCCCGGACCCUGCAUUCACUAUAUCUGGUCUCCCCGGACCCCGCAUUCACUA